AGGCAGAUGAUAUGGCAGCUUUGUGAGCGACCAGGUGGAACUUGCAUUGUUAAGACGGUUAAACGUCGGAAUAUGAAAACAUUUUAACGCGGAAACAGGGAGAGGGGACACUGCUCGAAAUGAUUUACUUGAUAGUCAUUUCCGCAUUAUCUGGAGCACUCAUUACAUUGGUAUUACAGUUCUUACUGCUUUACCGGAGAAGCCCCGAGCCUAUAGCCAGGACAGUCCAAUAUGUCAAAGCAGUGCCUGAUCCCGCAUUGAAGGAUUACUUUAAUAACCAACAUGCAGAAUCAGGCCAGCAGCAACAAGACAACACAUCAUCCGCUGCACCCAAACAGCAAGAGGCCAUCACUCCCAGGCAUCAGGAAGCGGCUGCCACCAGCAGUAGCCCUAAACAACAACCGUCACCGCCUUGUCAAAGUGAGCCCCUCCACACCUCCAAACCGGAGACGUGCAAUUUUCUAAAUGCUAUCUUUUUGUUCCUAUUCAGAGAACUCCGCGACACUCCCGUCGUUAGGCACUGGCUGACCAAAAAGUUCAAGGUGGAGUUCGAGGAGCUAUUACAAACCAAGACAGCUGGUCGGCUGUUGGAGGGACUCAGUCUCAGGGAUAUCUCCCUUGGUAAUUCUUUGCCCGUGUUUAAAACGGCCAAACUUAUGAAGCCAGUGAGUUUAAAUGAAGACGGCAUGCCCGAGGAACUCAAUUUCGAGGUGGACCUUGAAUAUAAUGGCGGGUUCCAUCUAGCAAUUGAUGUAGACCUUGUUUUUGGGAAGUCAGCAUACCUGUUCGUAAAAAUGACGCGUGUGGUUGGAAGACUGAAGCUGCAGUUCACUCGCAUGCCUUUUACGCACUGGUCCUUCGCGUUCCUUGAGGACCCACUGAUAGACUUCGAGGUGAAGUCACAGUUCGAGGGAAGGCCCUUGCCCCAGCUCACCUCAAUCAUUGUCAACCAGCUGAAAAGAAUCAUCAAGAAGAAACACACCUUGCCAAAUUACAAAAUCAGAUACAAACCCUUUUUCCCGUUCCAAGUGCAACCUCCUAUCGGGUCUUCCGCCUGUGACUUGGACCUCUCCGUUCAGGACUCAGGAUUGGUGGAGGGACGGCUUAGGGUCACCCUUGUUGAAUGUAGCAGGCUUUUUAUCCUGGGCUCGUACGACAGAGAGACCUACGUGCACUGCACCUUUGAGCUGAGCAGCCACGAGUGGAAAGAGAAAACACGCAGCUCCAUCAAAACGACGGAGGUGAUCAAAGGACCCUUUGGCAAUGUGGGUAUGACGUUCAGGCACGUCCCUGCCUGUGAGGGUGACGCAGUCCAUGUCAGCAUCGAGACGGUCACUCCCAACUCUCCUGCUGCCCUGGCAGACCUGCAGAGGGGCGAUCGACUCAUCGCCAUUGGAGGUGUCAAAGUGACAUCCUCUGUCCAAGUGCCCAAACUGCUGAAGCAGGCAGGGGACAGGGUGCUGGUCCUGUACGAGAGGCCUGUGCGUCACCAGAGUCCCACCGUGGGCCUGGGUGCCCUCCAGGAGGGGCUGGGCCAGCUAGAGGAGCCCAGCUUCAUCCCUCCGCCGGGGGGCUAUGAGGAGGACCCGGCCCCCAUCACCACACUCGCCGACAUAGCCGACAGCAAAGACAUGGACUGUGAGUUUGAAGACUUGACUGUGGACCCCAAGCCUAACCCCCUUAGCAGUAGCGCGGAGGCCAAGGAGGAUUUCCUGUCCGUAAACCAAAGCCCCAAAAGGACUGUGACCAAUCUGGCCUCAAAACCCCUCGGCAGCAUAUCACCCAUCCUCAACCGCAAAAUGAACCUGGCAGGGCUUCAGUCGCCGGUCAGAUCCCCACCCACACCAAAGCCCUCGCCACACAAGAGCAGUGAGCCAGGAGAGGGGCCACAGCGCCCCACUGGCCCCCCUCCACCCCCACCCACUCGCCCGCCGGUGCCCCCUAGACCCCACAUUAAAUUAACGUCCGCCUCUUCUGAAACACAAAGUCUGCUGGAGGGGAGCGAAGCUACCAACGGGGCUGAGAAAACUCCAGAAAAGACUCAAACACACUCCACAGGAAGCAAUGGUGACAAAGGCAGUGCUGUGACGACUCCUGUGAAACAGCCCGAACCAAAGCCAGCAGUCAAAUCACCCGAACCCUGCGAAGAGUCGCCAGCGCCCCCCUCCACUCCCAGCAAGCAGGACCUGGCCAAAGACAAGGUUUCUGAGAGCUCCAUCAACACCCGAGACAGCAUGGAGGAUCACUCAAUGUGGGAGUCCUCAGAGACCAUGUUCCGCAACCGGACGGCUCACUGGGGCCAUGCCUCUGUGGUGUUAGAGGUGGAAAGCAACCAUAAGUACCUUAACGUGGCACUGUGGUGCAAAGACCCCUUCAAGCUGGGCAGCCUGCUGUGUCUGGGCCACGUCAGCCUGACACUGGAGCACGUGGCCCUGGAGUGUCUGUCCACGUCCUCAUCUGAGUACCAGAGCACCUUCAGGCUGGAAGCCCCAGAGCCCAGGGCCAGCGUCAGCCGCACCGCCCUGCGCAGCCUCAGCACCCACAAGGGCUUCAACGAGAAGCUGUGCUACGGAGACAUCAUCCUCAACUUCAGCUACCUGGCUGAUGGAGAGUCCGAGACGUGCGGUGGGCUGGCGGAGCGGGAGAAGAAGGCCAGCAUGCAGGACGAAGAGCUGAGGGAGAGGGAGAGGGAGCAGCCUUCCUCUAUUCCCAGUGAUGACCUGGCCUACAGCACCAUGCAGCUGGUGGAGGUGCGCCACAACUUCCAGGACACCCAGUUCCAGAACCCCACCUGGUGCGAGUACUGCAAGAAGAAGGUGUGGACCAAGGCUGCCUCCCAGUGCAUGAUCUGUUCCUACGUCUGCCACAAGAAGUGCCAGGAGAAGUGCCUGGCCGAGCACCCUCUCUGCGUGGCCGCCACAGACCGACGCAGUGCCGACCCGGAGGCUAAGUCCACCAUCAACCGCGCCACCACAGGCCUCAGCCGCCACAUCAUCAACACCGGCUCCCGUCUGCUCAACCUGCGCCAGGUGCCCAAGAGCCGGCUGGCAGAGCAAGCGGCUGAUGUUGUGCCCGACGUGGUGCACACCCCCGACAUCUCAGACAACGAGAGCAGCGAUACAGAAACCUACGCUGGGGCUAGCCCCUCCAAGCAUGCAGCCGGCAGCACCACCAAGCUGGUAAGGAGGGAGGGAGGACUUGAUGACAGUGUAUUCAUCGCGGUGAAGGAGAUCGGCCGGGACCUGUACCGGGGCCUUCCCACCGACGAGCGUUCGCAGAAACUGGAGCUGAUGCUGGACAAGCUGCAGCAGGAGAUUGACCAGGAGCUGGAGCACAACAACGCCCUGAUGCAGGAGGAGAGGGAGACUGGGGACGCCCGGAGGAAGGCUCUGAUCACGGCCGCCCUGACCAAGUCUGGGGAGAGGCUCCAGGCUCUCACCCUGCUCAUGAUCCACUACCGGGCAGGCAUCGAGGAUCUGGAGUCUGUGGAUAGUGCCGGCACCUCCCCCUCGGAGCCGCAUGGCCUCCAGGCCAAGGGCGGGGCCUUGGAGGAGGCAAUACUGGGGACAGAGGUUUAUGACAGUGACAUAUGCAGCCCAAUGGAGGCUCAGCUGCUGGAUGACAUCACAGAGGAGCAGAUUUGUGUGGAGGCGCUCCACUAGAGAGGACGAGGCAUGGGCUUGAGACUUACAACAAAAUGAUUGGAAUCCUUUUCUUUGGGGGUGGUGGGGUUUAGGUUACCUUCUGAAGAUUAGCUGAAGUGGUCUGGUGAGGGUGCAAUUGUUGAUUUGUAAACCAAUCAGUCAUGCGAUUCAUUCUUGGUUUUUGUCCUAGUUUUCCAAAAGUCAUACUUUUAAAGGGAAGCUGGAAAGCUAGAUUGUGAUCUGCUUCAAUUGGCAUUAAGAACCGUCUUCCAAGUCAAUAUGUAAGUGCUUGGAUUCAAUAAAAGUUGAAAACAUACUGUACAUUACUAUUUCGUACUAUUUUAGCUUUUGUUGACGUUAAUUCAUUUGUUUUCCUUACAAGGCACCUUGAAACAAAACAUAUUUUCCUAUUGCUUGAAAAUAUGAGCUUAAAUGUUUGUGUUCAAUGUUUUAAAUAGAACUGUUCGGUAUUUUAUUACUGCAAGUUACAGCAACCGCUUUUCAAAUUUGGCAUAAGAUUACAAUCAAAAUGUGGUCACCAUAGCAGGAGCUAUGCAAAUUGCAAAUGGUUCUGUUUUUAUCUAAAUUGUCUUUGGGCAAGGAAAUAAAUAUUAGUGUAAAAUAUAUAUAUAUAUAUAUACAUACUCACUCACUCAACCAUAUGGAAAUGUGUUUUGUUUCAGAUUAUGUACUUUUCAUGUCACUUAUAUCUUUUGUUUGAGUACUUUUAAUUAAUGCAUAAUCAAGUUUUUGAGGUCACCCAUGACUUUUCUCUUCUUUUUUAGUUUAUGGAGGUUCUGGAACUACAAGCUCAUGUGAUAAUUCAAUGAAAUGGGCAAUAAUGUGGGGAAGAUAGUGGUCUAUCCCUGUCAUCCUCGGUUUAGUGUAUGUCACCGAGGCCAAACAUGUUUGACUAUGUAUAUGACCCAUUGUUUAACCAGCAUAUUAACUGUACAUGUUAUUUCUUUUUGGAACUUUUUUUCUGGGGGGAGGGAUAUAGUGAUGUAAUAGUUGUUUCUAAUUUAGAAAAUUACGUUUUUUGAUUAAGCACCUGUUUUGUUGUCUCGCCCCCCCAUCCGAAUUGUUUACUUGGAUUGUUUAUAUGGAUAUAAUAACCCUGAACUAAAACUCAACUCAAAUAUGGUGGUGGUGGUUUUAUCCGAUCAUGUUACUUGAGACGAUAUGCUUGCUGUUCAAAUUCUUAUUGAUAGAUGCAAAGUAUUUAUGUAUUUAUGGCAGAAAAUAAUUGUAUUUUGUUAAUUUCAUUCUGAGUGUUGUUGUGUAAGAUACAGGAACACGUGGA